GUUUAAAGAUUUAAAACACCACCCGAUAAUAAAGUACUCCAUAUGUAAUCUGAUUUCAGGUUUAUAUACAGGCUACCGAACUUUUCAAUAAAAAUAAAACUUCAGUUAAAAUAGCACUGCUUCAAUUUUCUUAAAAACAAUUUAAAUUCUUUAUCCCAGAAACAUCCACUCCUAUGCUUUCAUGCUGCGUGAAUUGAACAAGAAUGAAAAUAAAUUAACACCUUGUUAAGUAGAAAAAGACAAAUAUAAAAAAGUAUAGUAAAUAUAAAAAAGAGUAAAUAUAAAAUAAAUAAUGGUUAUAACAUAACCAGCCGUUAUUUUUGUUCUUGAUUGGUGUUAAGAAAUAUAUUAACUGUCCAGUUUUUUAUGCAAACCACACCUGCUAUGUUAACUUUAAGAAUUAAUAUUUCGGGGAUCAGAACAAAAAUUUUCUUGUAUUUGAACAGGCAGAAAUAUAUUGUCUCCUUGAUCUGAGUAAAUCACUUGGUAUAGUCUUAAAAAGAAGAAGAAAUGUCAAAUAAAACACACAUUGCAUAUGACGUUCUUCUCAUACCAGAUAUUCAUCGCGUAGUAUUAACUAUCGCGUACAGUAUUGUCGCUGCACUUGGUGUACCAGCAAAUCUUAUGAUCUUGAUAAUUAUUAUUUGGAAUAAAAAAUUGCGUCAGUUACCAUUAAAUCAGUAUAUAGUGACAUUAGCAUUCACAGAUCUUUUAACAUGUGGAAUUUCAGCGCCAUUUUAUAUAUUCAGUUUAAAUGUUGUACCGAAUUCUGAUGUUUUACAAAAUGGAGUGUUAUGUAAAGGAUUUUUGACUGUUACUUAUUCAACUGGAAUGCUUACUGUAUCAGCGUUAGCUGCGUUAAGCAUGGACCGUUGGUUAGCGAUAAUCAAGCCGUACAUAUAUUGUAAAUAUAUCACAAGCGAAAAAGUGUGCAUUUUAAACAUAUGCCUUCUUUUACAAGUUAUUCUAACGAUGUUGCCUGCUACGAUCAUAAAGGGGUACAUUGUAAACAAUAAUGUUCAAGGUUUAGUUUGUAUAUUUCGAACUGACGGCACGAACAUCGUUUAUUCAAGCUAUGUCAUUGCUGUUAAUGUUGUACUGCCAUUGUUGGCAAUUACACUAUGCAAUACAGUUGUAUUUAAAGUGGCUAGAGAACAGUACAAAAAAAUAAAGGUUGAUGGGACACAACAACAGGAAAAUAUAUCAAAAUGUGCCCCGAGUGUUAUAGCAAAUUUCAGUGAGGUGGAAAGUGUCAAAAAUGUUUACAUGUCUCUUAAUCAAGGUGAGAAUCAAAAUAACUCUCGUAAUGAAAUAAAAAUAAAGAAUGCAACAUGCUUUGAAAUCACGCAUUUCAUACAGGGUUUAUGUACGAACGAUAAAGCAACGUCGUCAACUGCAAUUUUGAGUGCAGCAAAUCAAAAUUUUCAUAACAGGAAAGCAUUUAAGGAGCAAAAAUCAAAAAACAAAGAAAAAGAUUUAAAAAGUUCAAUCUCCCGUUUUAAGUUUCAAUAUCGAAUUUACAUUUCAACUUUAUCCAUGAUUAUUCUACUUUUCAUAUUUUGGUCUCCAUUUCCAGUUAUCCGAGUACUAGAAAGGCUGGGUUACAAUGAGCAGAUGACACAAUAUGGUUUCUUAUAUAGUACACUGGGUACCACGAUAUUAUCGUUAAUAAAUCCAUUUGUUAUUUUUAUUACUAGAAGAGAAUUUCAAAAAUACACAUGUUUCAAGCGAAAAAUAACAACAAGAUAAUGAAGGAUUUGAAUGUCAGUAAUGACACUGGAAGAAUAAAGUAAGGGAAAGCGAUUUUCGUCAAUAUGGUUUAUCUACAUAGCAUUCAACCAGAAUAGUUGUAAACUUUAUUAAAAGUAGUCGAACUUUCUGGGCUUCAGAACAUUCUCUCAGAUAAAAAAGGGGUCGAAUAUAUUUGUUUGUGAAAACUUGAAACUGAUGUACAAAUAUUUGGAAAAAAGGUGAAUGUAAUCUUUCUAUUAUUUAGUAACUAUUUAACUCCCCUGUUCCAAAUACACAUCUCUGGGGAAUAUUUCGUGUAAGAUCCUAUCCUAGGUUCUUUUUGCUUGAAAAUUUAUUCACUUACUUGUGUGCCUACUGCGCUCAUUGAUUUGGGUUAGCUACAAGACCCCUACAUGUCGUCAAGCAAACAGCAUUUUGCAUGAAAUCGUACAAUAGCUAGACCUCUUCACCCAUACUUUUAAACUAUCAUGUCAAACCCGUAAUGCACUUGAGGUUUAUAAGACACUUUAAGGUCGACACUGUUACAUAAAAACUACAAAAAAAUCUGAGCUUUUUAAGUCUAGUUGGCCACUAUCUUUCGUAAAAUAUAUUGAGACUAGGUGGUAAAUUCGCCAUGUUUUAAAGCCUUUGUUACCCUUAUGUAGCACACGUGUUAAAAAAUGCGACUAGCACGAUUUAAAUGCUAAGAACCUAACCUGCGUGUUUGAAAAAUCUCAUUUCCCCAGCCAGUCGGCUGGCGACAAUUCGCGAUUUAAUGCUUUUCCCAAAUUGUUUGAAAAAAAGGUGGGGGUUGAGGUCGUGCUAGAU